GUUGCCAAAUCUAUCAGAAGAAUUCAAUCGUUGUUCUAUUUGCAAUGGUGGCGUUAGAUUUGGAGUUCGAAAGGUAUCCGGGGGAACGUUCGUUUGGUUCGGUGAGUCUCUUCAAGUACAAAAGACAACGCGACGGCGAGACUCAAUACGCCGCCGUGAAAACAUCUAGCGACGAAAAUGCUAAGUCUCUCUACAAAGAGUUUCAGAUCCUCUCUCAAUUCAAGGGUUGUUCGAGAAUCGUCCAAUGCUACGGGAAUGGAGUAAAAGAGAUAUUUAACGACAAGGGUUACGUAGAAUACAAGAUUGCCAUGGAGUACGCAUUUGGAGGAAGCUUGAGCGAUUUCAUGGACCGAUUCAAAGACAGAAAAUUGUCUGAUUCGAUGAUCAGAGAGUUUACUCGUAUGCUUCUCGAGGGUUUAGCCACGAUUCACAGACACGGCUAUGUUCACUGCGAUCUCAAACCCGAAAACAUCCUUGUUUUCCCUAGUUCUGUCUACAAGAACGGCGCGUGGAUCAGAUCCUACGAAUUGAAGAUUUCUGAUUUCGGGAUGUCGAAAAGAGAUGGAGACACUCAGUGGUGGCAACCUCGCAAACCAUAUGUGGGAACACCGAUCUAUAUGUCGCCUGAGUCGAUCUCUCACGGGGAGAUAGGGAAAGGACUUGAUUUAUGGUCGUUGGGAUGUGUGGUGUUGGAGAUGUACACUAGAAAGAAGCCAUGGUGGCAUACUAACUAUGAAUUAGAAGAGCUCAUGAAGUGUUAUGAGCCGUUGUUUCCGCGUAAUCUUCCUUGCGAUGCAAAACUCUUUCUCAUGACCUGCUUUGCGUCCGAACCAGAUGAGAGGAAAGAUGCGUUGACAUUGUUGAGGCAAAGCUUCUUGCAUGGAGAUGUCAAUAAGUUCACAAACCGUCAGAUGAAUGUGAAGAUUGACAGUGCGGAUGAUUUUACCCUGCAACUGGAGAAAGUUAGCCAGAUGCUUUCGGAAAUUAGGACUAUGUGUUAAUUUGAAGUUGAUGAGCUCUGCAGAGAGCCCUGGUCCACAGUAAUAUUG